ACUUCCAGCAUCAUAGCCUCUACAUUUUGCCCAUUUGUUGAGACAACCUGCCAAACUUGUGUGAAAAUGAAUUUCUUCACCGCUGCAGCUCUUUUUGCGGCCGUUGUCGUCGCUCAUCCUCUUGAGCACCGCAGUAGCAAUGUGUGCCCUGAUGGCCUCUUCAGCAAUCCCCUGUGCUGUGCGACUGCGAUCCUCGGCCUGGUUGGCCUCGACUGCCAGUCUCCACCUAGACUUUACGAUAACGCCGCCGAAUUCCAAACCAGUUGCGCUAAACUUGGCCAUGCACCUUUUUGCUGCGUUGCUCCCGUUGCCAAUCAGGGUAUUCUCUGCCAAAAGCCUGUUGGUAACUGAGAAGCCGCCGUUCCAUAUGUCUCUGAUGCCAGCGCUGAAACAGUAGUAUAAGCAGAGAAGGGUUAAUCUUUUGGGGCCUGGCGGUGUCUGGGUAUAUCUCGCUCAGAAGCCUAUAAAAUGCGAUACUGUUGGCCGAGACCGGAAGUUAGAGGAAUGUAUAGGGCCUUGAUGUCUUGUAGUGCCAGCGGCAAGCUGUAGAGAAAAAUAUACUUCAUGUCAAACAUU